GUGUCAGCCAAGUGUUAACCAGGUCUUAAUGCCAAAGUGAAAGUGUUUAACUGCAACUUGCCUAAACAAGGAAAACACCUUCAAAAAUGAGCGCUGUGGAUGCCAUCAUUAACUAUAAACGCAGUCCCAACGAGGACUUUUACGGUCUGCUUCACUGCGAUGAGACCUCAUCGCCGGAGCAGAUCCAAGCCGAAUACAAGGCACUGGCCCUCCAGUAUCAUCCCGACAAGAACAACGGCGACAAGGAUGCGGAGGCCAAGUUCCAGCAGCUAAAGGAGGCCAAAGAGACGCUGUGUGAUCCGGAGAAGCGGGCCGUGUACGACAAGUGGCGCAACAGUGGCAUCUCAAUGAGCUACAAACAGUGGCUGGGCAUGAAGGAGCACGUCGGCCAGUCAAUGCAUUGGGCCACACCAAAAACCAAGGAUCGCAUGCUACCAGAGACUGGACCCGGAGCCCCGCCAGGUGCUGGCUCCAGCAGCGGCGGCCUCUCAGCCGCAUCUCCGAAUCCAGCUCACCGACGGGCCUCGGAGGGUGGGGCUGCUUUAUACUACGGCAACCGAAAGGCCGAGUGGGGCACAGAGAAUACUGAUGUGGCCAACAAAUUCCGUAAUUAUGAAAUCUAAGCGCCAUUCUAGCAAUACUGAAGGGAGUGGACAGUAGAAUGGGGAGUGUUGCGAAAGACGUGAGGAUUAUCGAUGUUUUGAGAUGAAAUCUGAAGAGGUCUUAAAGUAAUUUUUAUCCAUAUUUAUAGCUCAUCGAAUGGCAAUAUAUCUCGAUGAGAGUUUCAAGAACACAUAUUCCAAUUAAAAACACUUACAAGCAAAACAUAUAAGAACAAAUCAAAGAGAACAUAUAUCAAAAGAGCAUUGAAAAGUGAAAUACAAAAUAUAUUAAUCAACUCUACUUGCAUAAGUAUUUAAAAAAAAAAAACGUUCGUGUACAAGUACACUGAUAUAUAUACUUACAUAAUUAUAUUGAUGUGAACGUAAAAUGUUGCAAAUUAUAUAAAUGUUUAUAGGUGUAUAAAAAUAUGAAAAAAUGGUAAUUAAUUAUAUAUAUAGAAGAAACUGUAAUUUCAAUAAACAUAAGGCUUGAAUGCGGCAAGAGUUUUAAGUUAAGUUUAAUUGCUACAUUUAGAAGUAUUUAGUCAAAUUUUAAAUGUGAAUUGUCAAACUGAAGCAUAUACAAGCACAUCCUAUAUAAUGAAUAUAUAUUUAUCUACAACUAUUUGUAUAUCGAUGUAUUUAACAUGUGCCCCCAAAAGACAAUCCCUUUGGAAGUGUUUACUAGUGCACUAAAAACAAAAACCAAAUAUAUUCAAGCUGAAACUAGCAGCAAAAUGCCCACCACAAUAAAUACUGCAUAUAUUGCAUAUAUGAUAAAAUGAAAGGUAUGACAAAAAUCCUACAACAAAAAAGCGAAUUUAAUAACUUUAUACACGAGUAAAACUGCAUAGUCAAAAAAACAAAAAAACCAAAAAAAAAAAAAAAAAAACUUUCACUUGGUGUCCUUUAAAGUGUGAAACUUAUAUUUGCACACAAAACUAAAAACCUAAACUUUUUUAUUUAUGAAAAAGCAACGCCACUCAAGGGCUCAUAAAAAGUAUAAAAAAAAAAUAUUUAAAACAAAAACCACUUAAAAAAAAAAGUAAAUGUUUUGAUGAAUUGUUGUUUUAAUAUUGAUGUGUGAUGCAAUUAUUAAAUGCUAAACAAAUGAAUAUCAAAGCUAUGAGCGAAAAUAUAAAAUCGCUUCCAUAAGGUACUAACUAUAUAUGUUUGAUUUAAAUCAUAUUGAAUUUACUCAAAUACACACAUAUUAUUGAACA